AUGCCUCGCCAAAGCCGCCAAGCCUCCAGCGCCGCUACCAACGCAUCGUCCUCCACCGCCGGAUCCUCUCCGCCGGCUGCUUCUCCGGCUGCUUCUACGCCGCCGCCCGCGAGCGGAGCCGGCUCAUCUGCUGCUGCCGCCGCCGCCGCCGCCGCCGGCUCGCCCGAACAAGUCCCGGCCGACCGCGAGCUGCAACACCUCUGCCCAGGCACCGGUUGCAACACCAACCUCUUCUUAAAGGAAAAUAUCCACAAAGACAGGGCCGACUACUGUACCACGCCUGCAGGAACUUUAGCGCCGGUACCUGCGCGCCUUUUGAUCAAGUACCCCGGAAAGGUCUGCUGGCUCUGCGCCUCCGAGUUCGAGGUCGGCGAAGUGGUGUGGGCAUACACCACCCCAGACGUGGAACGCCCGGCGUGUUACAUAAACUGGUGCCUCAACGAGGACGCCUGCAUCAUCCUCAAGGAGGAGGGCGCCCCGGUCAACGUUAGGCUUGCCGGCGAGGACGACGUUGCAAAGCGCUGCAGUGACUGCAAACGUGCCGACUCGACCAUACUGGACACGGACCAGUUAAUCGCCAAGUCCACCCAGCCCUGCCACGUCGACCAACCCCUUCCAUCUCCUCCGUCCAAUGACACAUGCGAUGUUUUGUACGGGGGCGAGCACUACCGAACUUUGAAAUUUAAUCCAUGA